AAUCAAAUAUCCCGGUGCAGUUCCACGAACAUUUUCGCCGGUCGCGUCGCCGUGACGUAGCACAAUCAGCUGCUCAAACAGUCGACGUCAUAUGACGUCGCGGCCCGGCCCACCACCGGUGGUGGAAGCGACCCACAUGUUGAGUCAGGCUUUAUAAUAGAAAACCGCCGAGCCACUCACCAUAUCCAACCAAGCCGCCAAACGAGAAACACGUUUAAGUCAAGUGACUGGUGACGUACUAGUGACAGUGUCAAGCGGUAGUGUUUCAAGUGAAGAAAACUUUCAGUGGAUCAGUGAUACUGAUAAAGUGAAAAUGGCUAGAAUAUUGUUGUUGUUUGUGCUGUUUGUGACGGUGAGGGCUGCGCAUAAACACCGCCCCAUCCACCCCAAGUUUCCGAAAGUUUCAGAGGAUUAUGAGACGCCUCAGAUAACAAAAGCGUGUUCGUCAGAGAAUGAACGAAUACGAAAUGACAUCAUAGAACAGUCCAAGUGUGGAGCCCCCAAGGAAGUGUUCGAGUAUCUUGAAUCCCAAGCGGCACAUCAACAGAUUUCCCCUGGUGCCGUGUGGGUCAAGAGAUGUGUCGGACUAUGCGACUAUGACACUUAUGGGUCCAAAUGCGUGCCCCUGAAGAAGCAAAUCAGAUAUAUUCCUGUACGGAUAUACAACGUGAAGACGAACAAGGAGUCUUGUUCGACAUACGCGAUAGAAGAGCACCUGAGCUGUGGUUGUUGUGCGGGGACGCCGGACCAGUGCGCGCCGCCGCGGAUAUACGACCCUCGUAAGUGCGCCUGUCGCUGCCCCAACAGAAAGGAAAAGCGGAAUUGCCGCAGCAAGCUGAACCAGAUUAUGAGGUGGAAUCCGUCUAAAUGUGCUUGUGAAGAAAAGAAACGGAUAAGAUAAGCUUCAAUGUUGUUAUAUGAACUUAAAAUGUGUUAUGAAGAAAUUGUUGUGAAGAAUGUGUAGUGUCCGUUCUUCGAGUGAUUUGCGGUACGACAAUGAAUGAACAAUGUUGUGACCUAUAGAAUCUUGAUUCUAGACUGACUCAAGUGUCUUACCUAUAGCUAUAAGAAGCAUUUAAAUCUAAACAGUAUUAUAGUAAUAAGUUAUUUAUUUUUAUUAGUUUAAGGAAAAAUGGGGCCAAAAGGUGCUGUGAGUACUGUUGGAAAACUUUUUGGUUUUUAGAUUUUUUCAGUUUAUGUUAAUUCUCAGAUUCGAAGUUAGGUGUUUUUGUGUAACUUUGCUGUCUAUUAGAUAUAGUUAAAUUAGUAUUAAUGAUCAUUGUAACUAUGACAUCACUGUUCAGUAUUGUAAAAGUAUGUCCGCGUGGAAAUCACGCAAUUCCUAAAUUGUGAUAUAGAUAUUCCAUUUCCAGUAGGUUAAUUUAGGAAAAUGUACUUAAGAAACUCUUUUAGGUAAAUAUUCUAGAUCGUAAAGUAUUUGCUUCUAGUAUUCUAGUCAAGCGAUAUUUUAAUUUAUUUAAUUUAAAUAAGUUUUUGUAAAUAUUGUAACUCGAUUUUUGAAUCUAGCUCUCAUUUUUGUAAAUAAGUACCUAGUAAAUUAUUAAUUUAUUCUGCCUUAGUAUUUUGAAGUAUUUGUAUGAGUUUAGUUUUAUUUUUAGUAAGGGACCUAGUCUAUGAUUGUGCCAAAGGCGAGGAAUCUCAUACGUUGAUAUUUAUUUUCCAAUUAAUUUAUUUUAUUUAUAAAAUGUGCUUUACGUAAUUGAUUGAAACUCGUUAAUACCUACUAUACAACGUACGUAUUGAUUUUAAACCGAAUAAAUAUAAUUUGUACUUAAUAUUUUAAAUAUAA